UAGAUGUGGAUGAAAUGAGGAAGACUUUCCUUGUCCCGGAGAUCAAGCCUUUGGAUCAGUACGAUUUUUCAAGAGCCAAGAUCGCAGGAAGCCUAUCGUGGCUCCUGUCCAAAUCCUAUGGAUCAGAGAACGUGCCAGACGAGCUGAGGGAGCCGUUUUACACCGACCAGUAUGACCAGGAACACAUCAAGCCGCCAGUCAUCCGUCUGCUGCUUUCCUCGGAUAUCUACUGCCGGGUCUGUGGUCAGACCCUGCCGCACGAUGAGCUUGGCCUGCCUCAGGAUAACAUGGCCGUCCUCCAGGCUCUGUCGCGGAAAGGACUCCAGGUGAAGGACCAGGAGGUAGUGGUGACUGAUGCCGACCUCCGGAAGAAGCCCAUCAAAAUGGGUGCCCACUUGGCUCUUAUUGAUGCCCUGAUGACCACCUACAUGAUGGAAACACUGCGGGGCAGGAAGGUGACAGCAGACACUGAGGAGGUCACAAGUCUCAGCCCAUCAAAACAAGCCCCAGCCAGCACAGAAUACAAUUUGCUGCUCUGGGUUGAUAAGAUAAACCAGAAAUUAAAAGAUGUCUCUGAACGGUUACACCAGCUGAGACACCAGCCUGGCAUAGACAAUUCAACAAACCAAGGGAUUCGCUACAGGAAGGACAAAGUGCUGACCAAACAGACUCCCUGCUUUCCCACGGUAACUCAGCUAAAGGACCUGGCCAAUGGAUGUGCUGUAGCAGCUCUGAUCCACCACUACUGUCCAGAUGUACUGCGUUUACAAGAUGUUUGCUUGAAGGAGACCAUGUCUGUAGCUGACAGUCUUUACAACUUGCAAUUGAUUGUGGAGUUCACCCAGGAAUAUCUGGGCAAUUGCUGCCACCUGGGCUUGGAGGACAUGCUCUACACCCCGCCAGUGUUAAAGAUUAACAUCCUGACGUUUGUAGCUGAGCUGUUCUGGUGGUUUGAAGUCCUGAAGCCGGAAUUUGUCCGGCCGAGAGAGAUUCCGGAUCUGGAAGAUGCUUCUGGAAGUGGACCCAACACCCCCACAGGGGCUGAGAACACCAGUCGACUGCCAGCCUUCCUGCUGAAGCAGCCCUUCCUGCCUGUGAUCCAGCAAACCUCCCCCCGAAGAAGCAGCUCAGGUGCUCUGAAUCACUCUACCUCAAUGUCACAGGUCGAUUCCUUUGGAAAGGCGUGGACAAAGAAGCAACUAAAGAGGCCAUUGUCACAAGCAGUGUCUUUCAGCAUUCCCUUUGGCCUAGACAGCGAUGUGGACAUUGUCAUGGGCAAUCCUGUCGGGUUAAUGAGGUCUGUGAGCUCCGACAGCCUCACCACCAACGCCUAUCGAUCUCAAAACUGUUUACCGAGAGCUGUGUGCAACUCUUCAGAAGACACUGCUGGUUACCUAGGGAAGGAGGAACUGGCAAAUGAGAAUGGGCCAGUGAUGUCGCCGAGGACACCUAGAAAGGGGUCACAAUUGUCCAAUAAGAUGACGGAGAAAGAACACCACAGGCCUGUUGAAAAUGGGGUAAUCGAUGAUCAUAAUAAUUGUACUGAGUUGCCAACAAUUGAAGAAGCAUUGAAAAUAAUUCACAAUACUGAUAAACUUGAACCCAGACUGCGCCCUGAAGGAGCACCAGAUGGCUUUUUCCUCCAUAGGCCUGACCUGACUGAAGGUUUUCUGAAAUCCAAGACCGGCCAGUCCAAAUUUGACGUCAACCCUCCAUACAAGCCCACAGAUGCAGACGGGGAGUCUGGGGUUCUUGCACCCAAUGGGGAACAGGUGAGUAGUGGAGCUGCUCUGUCGGAAGAUGGUAACUUCUCUCGGGAUGACGAUUCCGUCCUGAGAGACAACAGUUUGGAUUCUGACGUGGACGACUGCUCGAGGCCUGCUCAGGAGAAGGACUACGUCAGCAAAGAUGAAUGCACGUCUUGCCUCAGUUCCAUCAGCUCGCAGGCCGAAAGCGUGGCCUCCUCCUCCGGUUCGGGCGUGAAGAUGACCAGCUUUGCUGAGAGGAAAAUGAAGAAGAUUAACCCGCUGGACUCCAAAUCCAGCAGCUCUCAAAAGACGACACCUGAUAGCUCGGACCUUAAUGACCAGCAAAUGGCGUCCUGGGCUCAGAAGUCCGAUGAGAGCCCCAGCCAAAACCAGGCCCUGGCAUCAGAGAUGACUCAACUGGGAAUUAGACUAGAGGAGAAGCGGCGGGCGAUCGAGGCUCAGAAGAAGAGAAUCGAGGCCAUUUUUGCCAAGCACCGGCAGAGGUUAGGAAAGAGCGCGUUCUUGCAGUUGAAAAAGAAAGAGGAAAGUGGGGAGCCAGAAAAUGGGGCUGCAGCAGAUGAAGACAGAAGGAAGUUAUCCCUGGAAGAAAGGUUGUCAAAAAUUGAAGAUGACGACGAUGAGAACGAAACUGAAAGCCCAACGCAGACGGAAUUUAAGGGAAAGGAUAGCAAAAUACCAGAAAAAGAUCAUGAGGAAAGCCCUAGCCAGGACAAUGGAGAAAAAGAUGCAAAGCUGAGAGUAUCCGAAUCCCCGAAAGAGCCAGAGGUGGACACGGAUAUUGGGGAGUACAACAAUGCUGUCGCAAAACUGAACUCGGCCUUGUCCUCCCUGCAGAUAGACAUGCAGCGUUUGGCGCAGCAACAGGAAACAUUGAUGGAGAAGAAAAACAUGCAUGCUUGGGUAAUCCCUGCCCACAAACCGCCCUCGCAAAGGCCAACGCGCGAUUUUCAACCGUCCCGAUCUGGGGAGUUCUCGUCCCCCUCGCCCUCACCCUCGCGCAAACCGGUUUCUUCUGGAACACGCUCGCCCCAGUCCAGCCAGAAGAAGGCAAAUUCGGCCCUGCCAAAGAGCCCAAGGCACUCGCGGCCUGCUGAGCUGAAGAUAACGCCUUUGACACGUGUCCUUACGCCGCCACAGAAUGUAGACUCCCUACCUCACCUCAGAAAGUUCUCGCCGAGCCAGGUGACAGUCCAAACCAAGUCUUCCAUUUGCUUUGGUGAGGAUGAUGAAGAGCUAGACGCUGAUGUCAGGCCAAAGCAAAGGCUAGUUGGACCAUAUGCAAGCUUUGGUGGCCAGCCAAAUGAACCUUCAGUGGUGGAGCCUGAUGAACCGCCCUUUGACCUUGAAAAUGAAGGUAAUCUCCGGCCUGUGGGGCCAAUAGUAUCUCGAAAGACAGGUGGACAGGCAGAUGAGCAGCCUGAAGGUGGGAAAAAGGACAAUGCCACGUCUAUUAAAAGGACUAGUUUAAUCGAGAUACCACUGUCUUCCUUAAAAGGCCCUGAGGAAAGUGAGGAUCGACUAGAGAACGUCAGUGACUCCACGAUUGACCAAAUGGACUCUGAGCAGAGGUCUGUUGGUUUCUUCUUCAAGGACGAGGUGAAGGCUGAGGAAGAGAUGGCCCUGAGACGAGCCACCUUAAUGGAGAAGCAGCAGAAAAGGACGGAAGAGUUCAGGAGGCGCCGAAUGUGGCUGGAUGCCGAAAAGGAGCAAAAAAAAGAGGAGACCAGGCAACAAGUGGAGGAAGAGAAAGUGGAGAAGAACUUCAUCAAGCAGGAGUACCUCCGGCGACAGCAGCUCAAAAUAAUGGAUGACCUGGACAAGGUUCUGAGAGCAAAGACCUCAGCGAGCAAAGGGAGGAAGCCUCGGCCCAAGUCAUCGGUCUUUCGUGAUGAUUCUGUGCUGACUCGCAGCCCUGUGAAGGGUCUGCUCGGCUCCAGGCUGAAUAAAGUGUACUCUCGGUCUACACUUUCACUGUCCACGAUGGCCAAUGACUCUGCCAAUAGUCUCUCAGUCAAGAAAAGUCCAAGGGCAGAUUCUCCUUCAGGACUCCCAUCUCCAAACCGACUGGCGGGUAAUCACAAUGGCGAGAAGGACUGGGAGAACGCCUCGACUGCCUCGUCACCAGCGUCGAUUCCAGAGUACACAGGUCCCAAGCUGUACAAGGAGCCCAGCGCCAAGUCGAAUAAAUAUAUUAUACAGAAUGCAAUCACUCGCUGCUGCCUGGCAGGGAGGGUGAAUGAGCCCCAGAAGAAUAAAAUAUUGGAGGAAGUAGAGAAAAGCAAAUCGAAUCACUACCUGAUCCUGUUCCGUGAUAACAGCUGCCAAUUUCGGGCUGUGUACGCCUUCUCCCCCGACUCCGAGGACAUGCAUCGCGUGGCGGGAGUCGGGCCCAGAGUCAUCACAAAAAACAUGAUCGAGGGCAUCUACAAGUACAACUCUGACCGGAAGCAAUUCACCCAGAUCCCCAGCAAGACCCUGUCUGCCAGUGUCGACGCAGUCACCAUCCAAGGGCACUUGUGGCAGACAAAGAGGCCGGGUACUCCCAAAAAACCAGGACCGUCUAAAUGAUGGGCUCUCUCUCCCAGCCACCCCC